AGCGAGGGUCCUCAGGAUUUACUAACAUCGUUACGACAUCCACCAACAGUAAACAUUUCUGACAUUCCAACUCGUUUGGCGACUUUUGUGAACCACAUUGAACCCAGUUUUUUAAUCCAAAUAAUGAACAGUGGUUCCAUUCCGCGCAACAACAUCGUUGGCAAAAGAUGA